UAGUCUCAAAGUUUGAUGUGAAAUAUUGAACACACAGAUAACAUAGAACUUAAAUACUCAAUGAAAAUGCUCAAUCAAACCACUUCUAUAAGUCUCGUGACUAUUUGUGUUAUUCUCGUGCAUUUGUUCUGUUACAUCACGUGUGACGAGAAUCCUUUAAAAGAGGAGGCUAUCAAACUGUCAAAUGUUCAUAAGGAUAUAGACACGGAUAGGAACAAGAAAUUGACACGUCAGGAGGUAAUCAUAUACCUCGUUGCAAAUAAAAUUGGUUACAAACCAGAUUCCGAUUACUUCAAGGACAUUGUGGACGGUUUGUUUGAUGAACACGAUAAAAAUAAAGAUGGACUUAUAGCUUAUGAUGAAUUUGUUCCUAGGCAUGAUGAACUCUGAAUUUUGAAAAUUGGAUGAAAUAAUACAAUUUUAUGUAUCCUAGCUGGAUAAAGUGUAUUUUUGACAAUAGGUUUUGAUGUGUAUUAAAAUGUGUACAUUUCAUUUUUAA